UCUUCGUGUCGCUGUUGCGCUACGAUUCGCUCGUAAUCGCGUUACGGUAGUCGGUUCUUUGCCGUAUGGUGCGUAACGGGUGCGUAUCGUAUACGCAUCGAGUGCAGGUCUUACUGCGGACCUAACGGACAGCGAAAAUUCCUUUUUUGGAUAAUGAUUCUUAAUAUUGAAAAAAGUGAAUUUUUUGAACCGGUCAGCAAUAUGACGCCUAACUCAGAAACGGUCACUAAGAAGGACGGAUACAUUUAUGCCGAUGAAAUAACCAAGGAGAAACAACGCCCGCCGAUUUACAAUCCGGAGGACUACGCGUUAAUGCUGAAAAAAUGGGACAAAAAAUCGAGCAACGGAGGCCUGAUGUCCCUCUACUCGACCUCGAGUCCGGACAUGGAAAGUCCACGGUCCCAAAACAACUCGUUUCGCGACUACCGGAAUCCCAUGCUGAUCUCGUCGGGUUCCGAAAUGACCCUGAGGCAAUUCGGAACCGUUUCGGAACUGCUCGCGAAACUAAAAACCGAUUUGAGGUUGGCGUUUCCUAGCUUCGUCCAAGAAUUCGUGGCUGAUCCCCUAGAUGGCGUGACCCUUCUGAUCCAUCUCCUACGGGCUAUCCAGCUCAGCCAGUCCAACACGAUUAUCCAUGGAUCACCUGGCACCACUGGCAAAAUCCCACCUUCAUUACAAAGACGUGCUUUACUGGAUGAACUUUCCUGCUUGCAAUGUCUUCUGAGUUGCUGUACCAGGUAUUCUGAGUCGCUCAGAAAGCUCAUCUCAUCAUCAGCGGGACUCUUUACUGUGGCAGUUUGCAUCAUGAGCAACGUGAACAAAUCGAGGAUUAUCGCAUUGCAGUUGUUGGCUAGGGCCUGUGAACCUUCGAUAGGGGGUCACUCAGCGGUCUCAGAAGCAAUGUCGACCCUACGUCUGCGCUUUGGAGAACCCGCGAGGUUCAGGUUCUUGGUGGGCAUGAUGUUGUCGACGGGAGGUCAAAAGGAGCUGGUGACGUCAGGUCUGAGGUUCCUAAAUCGAUUUAUUGAUACCAGCGGGUCGUCUCAAAAGAGGCUGUACAUACAGUCUGAGCUGGAACAAGCGGGAUUUGACAUUGGAGUAAUUAAAGACAAUAUGACUGCCCCUGGAUCAGAACAUUUGCAAGAGGAGAUUCUUUACUGGGAAAGGAAUUACAUUAGUCUAGACAAUAUAGUCUUCACUAAAGAGGUGCUGCAGAAAGAGAAUUCUAACCUAAAAGAGAAGGUGGCUAUGCUAGAAAAGAAAGUGAAGGCUCUGCAAGACGAAAAAGGAAUCUUGAGUUACUCAGAAAAGUCCCUUAAGGACCGCUGCAGCGAACUCCAAUCGGAAAUACGCUCCCUAAAGUCCACGAGAUCACUGAUGGGCUCUUACACUAAAAAAAGACACGACUCGACCCCAAACGAAGACGAAGGCAUCUCAUCAUCUGAACGCAGUUUAACCUCUGAAGACGACCAAAUUUACCAACCAAAUUACCACCCUUUAACUGAAACAAACCAUGCACAAGAGCAAAAUGAAGGAGAAGAAGAAGAAGAAGAGGAUGAUGAUAAAACCACUAUAGAUGAAGUCAUUGAAGAACUAAGAAACAUCGUGAAUGCAGAGUCCAAAGAAGACAAACGAAUAGAAGAGGCCCAAGUGGCUGGCAAACUGAAAAUCCACAUCGAUGCAGACGACUAUGCCAUAGCAACGGAAAGCGAAAUCGUUCCGGAAGAGUUGCAUCCGAAACCACCGCGUAGGGCCAAGAGCUUGGUGCAUCUGUUUGUACCCUCAGACGGCUACUACUAUCCCAAAGAGUUGUUCUUCGAAAACGAAACUCCUUACACGAGCGUCAACGGGUCUGAUUCGUUGAUCAGCGCCUCAAAAUAUCGCGAUAACCAUUUGGAGGAUAAAUGCGAUGCCGUGCCAAAGUACCAUCAAGAACUUGCGAGGCAAAGGACCAAAAGCAAAAGCCUGGACAGGGUCGAAGACGGUCUGGAAACGAUGGUGGAUAUCGUGGUGACCGGACCUCAAAAACGCCCUCCGACGGUCGUGAAAAGCGUUUCGAAUGUUCACGUAAAAAGCACCUUCAGGCCGCGAUUCGGCUCGUGCUCGGAAGAUAAACAGAAGAUGUUCUUGCCGCCGGCGAACGAGGUUUCCUACUAUUUUCCGCGGUUGCAAGAGAAGAAAUUGAGUAGCGCGGCGAGUUUUUUGAUUAAAAGGGGACACGAAAAUGCCGGACUGUUUUCCGGACAAAAUUGCCGAAAGAGCAGACUGGGACGGAAAAAUGGGGACUUUUUGUCUUUGAGCAGCGACUCGAUGUUGGGCAGGGUCACCGAUUUGCCAUCAGGGUUGUACUAGAGAUUAAGUUAGUACCAUUUAAAAAUUGUGCAAUAUAUAAUAGUUAGAGAUCAAGUGGCCGGUCACUAUGGUUAAUGUGACUUUAGGUUAAGAUAAGAUAGUGCAAAGGAUUGUAUUGAUUAAGUUGUUAAAAUAAACUAUUGUACUCUUUUUCGUA